GUUUGUCAGAAACAUUCUGCAGCCGCUCAACAAGAUGACCAGCCUUUUUCGCAGGAGCAGCAGCGGCAGCGGCAGCGGCGGUGGCGGGGCCACCGGGGCUCGCGGGGCCGGGGCCGGGGCCGGGGGCGGGGGCGGGGCCCCUCAGGAACUCAACAACAGCCGGCCGGCCCGCCAGGUGCGCCGCCUCGAGUUCAACCAGGCUAUGGACGACUUCAAGACGAUGUUCCCCAACAUGGACUACGACAUCAUUGAGUGCGUGCUGCGUGCCAAUAGCGGCGCAGUGGAUGCCACCAUCGACCAGCUGUUGCAGAUGAACCUGGAGGCAGGUGGUGGCAGUGCCUAUGAGGACAGCUCAGACUCAGAGGACAGCAUCCCACCAGAGGUCUUGGAAAGGACCUUGGAGCCGGAGAGCUCUGAGGAAGAACCCCCGCCCGUGUACUCACCACCAGCUUACCACAUGCACGUGUUCGACAGGCCUUACCCAAUGGCUCCUCCAACUCCACCUCCCCGGGUUGAUGUCCUGGGCUCUGGACAACCCACAAGCCAGAGUCGCUACAGGAACUGGAACCCACCCCUGCUGGGCAACCUUCCUGAUGAUUUUCUCCGAAUCCUGCCCCAGCAGAUGGACAGCAUUCAGGGUCACCCCGGGGGCUCCAAGCCUACGGGUGGAGAGAGAGGCCCAGUUCCAGUGCCAGGACCUGGUGCCUGCGACCAGGACAGCCGCUGGAAGCAGUACCUGGAGGAUGAGAGAAUUGCCCUGUUCCUGCAGAACGAAGAGUUCAUGAAGGAGUUACAGCGCAACCGUGACUUUCUCCUCGCCCUGGAGAGAGACCGAUUGAAGUAUGAAUCCCAGAAAUCCAAAUCCAGCAAUGUGGCUGUCGGAAGUGACUUAGGCCUUUCCUCCUCUGCCCCAGGAACCAGUGAUACCAACCCCACUGUGUCAGAAGAUGCCUUAUUCAGGGACAAGUUGAAACACAUGGGAAAAUCUACUCGUAGGAAGCUGUUUGAACUCGCCCGAGCCUUCUCCGAGAAGACCAAAAUGAGGAAGUCAAAGAGGAAACACUUGCCGAAGCUUCAGUCGCUGGGAGCUGCUGCAUCAACAGCCAACCUCCUAGAUGAUGUGGAGGGCCAUGCUUAUGAUGAAGACUUCCGGGGAAGGCGGCAGGAGGUGCCUGGGGUGGAAGAGGCCCUAAGAGAAGGACAGUAAGAGGUAAGGCUUGGGGCCACAGCUUCCAGGGGC